GAGAGGAAAGGGCACGCACCACCAGUCCUUACGCCAUAGUCCCGCGCGUGUCUUACCCCGACCACUUCUCCGUAUCAAUCAAGUCCUCAGUCCUCUACCUACAAAAUGAGACCUACUUAGUUUUCCGUUACUAAGCUCCAUAUUAUUAGUCUCUUAAGUUACUAAGUUUCCUAAUAUUCCAUACCUGGUUCGGGCCUCCUUGAAACGCGCUUCGGACUGAACCACAGCGAGUUUUAUUUUUUGCUUAAAAGUGCGUGCGUGAGUGUAUUUGCCGUGUGAAGUCGCUUCAAGAUGUUGCACUGCGGUUACUCUUUCCCUCUUCUCGUGUAUUCUGCCGUUCACACAUACAUCGUCCUCCUCGUUGGAACUUUUACGAACGGCGUGGCCCUUUGGAGUAUAGUCACUUGCAAGAAGACGAGGACCUCUAUGAAGAUCUUGCUGGUGCCUGUCUUCCUGUCCCCACUCGUGAACAACCUGGUGUGUCGACCGAUGGAGGCAGAACUGAUCUUGGGUCUGACUGUUUGUAACAAAAAUCAACUGUCGAACCAAGCCAAAACGGCGUAUUUCUUCAUCUAUGUCUUCCUCACUUAUUUGGAAUUCAUGGUCAUAGCCGCAGUGUCGGUGUUCAGGGCUGCAGCUGUGUGGGCCUCAAACGCGUAUGAUCUUAGCAAAGGCUUAGCUAAAACUGUGGUUGUGGGGAUAACCAUCUACACUCUCCUGGUUCCCACUAUCGCGUUCUUCGUGAUUUCGGAACCUCGUAUUCGGGCAAUCAUACUCAUCAUCAACUGUAUCAUACCCAUUCUUACCACUAUGGCAUGUUAUAUUGCCAUGAUCUUUGCGGUGAGACGCAACAGACAGCGGUUGACCGAAGUCCAGUCCCGAUCCUCCCAGAAGAUCAUAGACAACGCCACCCGAGCCAUGAUCGCUGUCUUCGUUUCCAACCUCGUCUUUGGCCUUCCCUUCUGCAUCUCCCAGCUCCUGCGCCGUAAUAUCCCGCGAAUGUUUCUGAACUUCAUCUACGUCAUUUACAACACCCACCUGAUGGUCGACCCUCUGGUGUUCAUCUUCUUCAACUAUAGCCAUCGCCGGCGGGUGUGCCAUCGGAUUCGAACGGGUUGGACGUGGGCGACGGAGUUGUUCAGCGUGUCCAGAACGAAGACCGACACCGACUUGGACACCGAGCAGAGGACUGACUCAUGCGAAAAGUCGGGCAGCUCCUCAGUCGAGGUCAGAAGCAACACACCGGAACACUUAUCUUCGCAAAAUGAAGUUCGUGUUUGACAGCGUGUGAACUGAACUGAAAAAAAGGAACAACGAAAAUGAUUGUCUAGAAGUGGAUGUGUCUUUUUCAGGAAAAUCGUAAUCAUAAUAUAAUUAAAUUGUAUAUAUUUUGCAUAGCAGCAGCUAUGUGUUUUGUUUUCUGUAAAAAGUCACAUACGUCACUUAUUUAUAGGCUUCAUCUGCAGCGCCAAAGACUUGCAAUUAUUUCAAGUCUUGCGGGUGAGGCAUCGGCGCUGCCAAACGUACGAAAACCCAUCGGGUCAAAGUGUUCCACCACAUGGAACGUCCCGUGGCACGACGGUUUCUUUACAUGUAUAAAAAAAUAGUAUGAUUAUAAUGGCAAUUGAGAAUGAUAUACACCUAAUUCAAUAAUAUUCAUAUUACUGACCAUUGUAAAUGGUAAA